AUAAAAAGCGGGACCAACCAACCCAUCAAACUAACUACUCCAAAGUCCAAACCCCCUUCCACUUGUUUUACAUCUAAGUAUCUAACCCUUUCACUUAAAAAUUACAGAGUAAUCUACUCCCGCGUAUAUGUACUCGUAUGACAAACAUACAUAACGCAUGAUACACCCGAAUAUAUAAUCGACAACUCCACACCAUACAGUCAUACAACUUUAUAAGGUUCCUUUGUUUUUGUUUUAACUACUUCCAAGAAGAGGAAAAGUAAACUCUCAACUGCAACUUAAAAAAAACAGAGAAAAAAUGGCAAGACAUAGAUGCUACCUUGAUGUAAGCAUUGGCGAUGAACUCGAAGGUAGGAUUGUCGUUGAGCUUUACAACGACGUCGUUCCCAAAACCGCCGAGAAUUUCCGAGCUCUUUGUACCGGCGAAAAAGGCAUCGGACCUCAUACCGGCGUCCCACUUCAUUACAAGGGAUGUCGAUUUCAUCGUGUUGUAAAGAGUUUUAUGAUUCAAGGAGGAGACAUUUCAGCUGGGGAUGGUACUGGAGGGGAGUCUAUAUAUGGAUUAAAAUUCGAGGAUGAAAACUUUGAGUUAAAACAUGAAAGGAAAGGAAUGUUGUCAAUGGCUAAUAGUGGACCUAAUACUAAUGGGUCUCAGUUUUUUAUUACUACUACUAGGACUCCACAUUUAGAUGGAAAACAUGUAGUGUUUGGUAGAGUGAUCAAAGGUAUGGGUGUUGUUCGAUCCAUUGAACAUGUCAAUAGCGAUGAUGAUGAUGAAGAACGCCCUUCCAAGGAUGUUGUUAUUGUUGAUUGUGGAGAAAUUCUUGAGGGGACUGAUGAUGGAGUCUCGAAUUUUUAUAAAGAUGGCGAUAGUUAUCCGGAUUGGCCUGCUGAUCUUGACCAUUGUCCUGAUGAACUUUCUUGGUGGACUGAUGCUGUUGACUCUAUUAAGUCUCUUGGAAAUGAACAUUUUAAGAAACAAGACUAUAAGAUGGCUCUCAGAAAGUAUAGGAAAGCACAACGAUACUUGGAUUUAUGCUGGGAGAAAGAUGGGGUUGAUGAAGAGAAAAGUGCAGCCUUGAGAAAGAUUAAGUCACAGAUUUUCACAAACAGUUCUGCUUGUAAGUUGAAGCUUGGAGAUUUAAAGGGUGCUUUGUUGGACACUGAAUUCGCUAUGCGUGAUGAGGAUAAUGCCAAGGCUUUGUUUCGCCAAGGACAGGCCCAUAUGGCUCUUAACGACAUAGAUGCUGCGGUUAUAAGUUUCAAGAAGGCAUUAGAUCUGGAACCUAAUGAUGCUGGAAUAAAGAGAGAACUAGCAGCAGCAAGAAAGAAGAUUGUUGAUCGACGUGACCGGGAGAAGAAAGCUUUCUCUAAGAUGUUCCAAUAGCUCUCCUACACUAUUUGCGGCUUCAGGCAUUCUUUACAGGCUUCGUUCCAUCUUAAAUGAGCGACGUAAAGUUUGUGGUGAAAUGCUGAUGAAAACAUAGGGGUGCUGCCUGCAAAGUACAAAGCAUGAGCCAGGUUUUGCUGGGGAAGUUCAGAAAUCAGAACUCUGUUUCAGUAAAGCCUUUGAGAGGGAAAAUAGGGAGGGGGGGGGGGG